AUGGCUGCCCAGCAAGUCGGGAGUCAAGGUGAUCCUAGCUCAAGUAUCGAAGAAGUGGACCCGCAAGCGACAAAAGAGAGUGUAAAAUUUGCUGCUGAUAGCAUUGGAAUUGAGAAACUAAAUGACAAUGCUGCCAACUAUAUUGCAGAAGAGCUCACUUUUAGACUUAAAGAACUGGUGCAGGAAUCAUUAAAAUUCGUCCAGAAUUCAAAAAGAAAGAUGUUGCUUACACAAGAUCUUGAUCAUGCUUUGAAACGACAAAAUGUAGAACCAUUAUAUGGGUUCACAACUCGAGACUUUGUGCCAUUUCGUUUUGCAAGCGGUGGAGGCAGAGAGGUUUAUUUUCAUGAAGAGUCUGAGGUUGAUUUGGAAGAGCUGUUGAAUCAACCAUUACCAAAAAUCCCUUGUCCAGUAAACAUAAAAGCCCACUGGCUUGCUAUAGAUGGAGCCCAACCAAACAUUCCAGAGAAUCCUCCACCAAUAAACAAGGAUAAGCAAUUGAAAGAAAUUCUACAACCAUCAAGUGCAGAAAAAAGUGGAAAGCAAGAAAGCAAGAGUUCAAAUAGAGAUAACGAUGACAAGAAAAAUAGAGAUUCACCAGUCAAGCACAUUGAUACUAAGUUUAAGCCUCUUGUUACCCAUGAACUAUCAGUUGAACAACAGCUGUACUACAAAGAAAUCACUGAAGCAUGUGUUGGCUCUGUCGAGCAAAAGCGUACAGAAGCCUUGCAGAGUUUAGCUUCUGACCCUGGACUUUAUCAGCUGUUGCCAAGAUUUGCAACUUUUAUCUCUGAAGGAGUCAAAAUCAAUGUAGCACAACACAACUUAGCAUUGUUGAUAUACCUUCUGAGGAUGAUAAAAGCCCUAAUGGAAAACCCAACCCUUUAUCUUGAAAAAUACUUGCAUGAGCUAGUUCCAUCGAUAAUAACAUGCAUUGUUAGCAAGCAACUUUGUCCUAAGCCAGAAGUAGAUAAUCAUUGGGCACUGAGAGACUUUGCUGCAAGGUUAAUGGCUCAGUUAUGUAGAACUUUUAGUUGCCCAACAAACAACAUACAGUCCAGAAUCACCAAAACACUUUGUAAGGCAUUGUAUAAUGAUAAAGCUGCCUUAGCUACACACUAUGGUGCAGUGGCUGGCCUAGCAGAACUGGGAUUAGAGGUGGUGAAAGUGUUGGUGCUACCAAGGUUGAAAACAGAAAACAAGGCCAUCACAGAAGCAUUAGAGUCAAAUUCCCCAAUAGAGAAGAGCUCAGCUGAACACCUGCAAAAUCUGUUAGUGAAGCAUUGUUCACUCAUAGCUGUGCGGGCCAGGGCUCUGCCAGAUGUACUUGAUCAAUAUCAGAGUGACUUUGGUGUUCUGCUUGGUAACUCAAUCUUUAGAAGAGUUCAGCAAAUAAGACAAGGUCUCCUGGGAAAUGCAAAGACUCCUGGUACACCUACAACUCCAACUGUCUCUUCUCAGGUUACUGUGCACUAAAUUGUCACAGGGACUUACAUUUGAACACAUCUGCAAGCCAUUUGUUUAACCACAAACUCUUGUGUAUUCUAGAUGGCUAACAGUUAAUUUCUGAACAAUAGAUUGAACUAAGAAUCAAGUAAAACAAUGGUUUUAUUUUGUAAGUCUUAGUUUAACAACUGCUGAAAAUAUUUAUGGCUAUUUCAUCAUGGUGGCAAAGAUA